GGGUUGUGGUUCCUCUAACUUGACUGAGUCGUGAGACGGAUGAAGUUGAAUUUGUCGAAGCUGGCGAUGGCGGAUGUUGACGGGAAAGAAAUCAUGAAGAACUAUCACCUAGCGUCGGAGAAAAUCAACCCCGAGGCCAGUCGCUACCCUCACUGUAUCGUUUGGACGCCCAUACCCGUGUUGUCAUGGUUAUUUCCAAUUAUUGGACACAUGGGCAUAUGCACCUCCACUGGAAUUAUCCGAGACUUUGCUGGACCCUAUUUUGUAUCAGAGGACAACAUGGCUUUCGGGAAACCCACAAAGUACUGGAUGCUUGACAUCAGCAAAGUCUAUGCAAGUGGCUCCAAUGCCUGGGAUAUUGCCGUGCGUGAUGCUUCGGAGGAGUACAAGCACAGGAUGCACAACCUGUGCUGCGACAACUGCCACUCGCACGUCGCUAUGGCUCUAAAUCUGAUGCGCUAUGACAACAGCACCUCAUGGAACAUGGUCAAGCUUUGCCUCCUCGUGCUUAUCCACGGGAAACAUGUCAGCUGCGCAGCCUUCCUGAAAACAUGGCUGCCCUUCUUCAUACUGCUGGGCAUCAUUGUGACGGUGGUCCUCGCUGUCAACCUCCGGUGACCUGGACACUCCUUUAGACGUGCUAAACAAUGCUGGUGCGAUGCCCUGGCGCCAAGACUUUUCAACCUGUAAGAGACAAUUGGGAAAGCCACAACGUUCAACACGUUUGUCAACUAGCAUGGCUCCACAAAGGAUUUAUAUCUAGCGCUUUUCUUUAGAGCAGGGGUGGGACAACUUUUGGGCUCCCUUUUUUUUUUUUUUAAAUGACAAAUGGGCCAAACCAUAGCAUAAAGUAUAAUAUAUAUAUAUUACAAUUUUUUUAAGAAGCCAAAAGUACUUCAUUGUGUGGCUAGAAGAGACCAAAGUAGUUGAUUUUAAUUUUGAAAUACCUGUCUUCUAAUUUCUAAUACAUGAUAUACAAAAGGGAGGCACGGUGGUCGAGUGGUUAGCGCGCAAACCUCACAGCUAGGAGACCAGGGUUCUCUGUGUGGAGUUUGCAUGUUCUCCCCAUUCAUGCGUGGGUUUUCUCCGGGUACUCCGGUUUCCUCCCACAUUCCAAAAACAUGCUAGGUUAAUUGGUGACUCCAAAUUGUCCAUAGGUAUGAAUGUGAGUGUGAAUGGUUGUUUGUCUAUAUGUGCCCUGUGAUUGGCUGGCGACCAGUCCAGGGUGUCCCUAUCCCAGCUGGGAUAGGCUCCAGCACCCCCGCGACCCUCAUGAGGAAAAGCGGUAGAAAAUGAAUGAAUGAAUGACAUACAAAACAAAAAAAUAAGGCAUUAAUUUGAAGGAAAAAAUGGCAAAAUGACUCCGCCUCUCGCCCCAAUGCCGCUGGAAUAGGCUCCAGCAUACCCCAACGACCCUAAUGAGUAUAAGCGGUAUAAAAAAAUGGCAAAAUGUGCCAUACGUUGCCCUCCCCUGACUUAACACACCACCACCACUGCCAGCACCACAAAAACAAACAAAAGUAUGCCUUGAUUGAGCAUCUCUUGGGUAAACACGCCUAUGCCUUCAUUCAGCAAGUAUCCACUAAUCAUUUAGUACUUCCUGUUUGCUCAUUUUCCUGCAGGCUAAAUCAAACAUGCCUUUAUCCAUUUCGAGAUCUUUGUGCCUCUGCAGGGCUACACGCGAUGCCGUUUUCUUGCUGUGCAUUUUCUUACCGUAUCCGUCACAGUGCUUCACUUCAUCAUCGUGCCUGACACGUGGCCUCAGGGUGAAUGUCUUCUUGCCUUUUUAACUGCAGGUCAGUGCUAUGAUUGUGUCUUCAUGGAAGCAGACGAGCCUGUGAAAAGCGACACAAUUAUUUAUCGAAGAAAAAAACUUAACGUGCCAAAUGUAUGGGCGAGCAAUGAGAAGCUACCUUUGAUGUAAUGUGCUUCCUCCUAUAGUGGGAGGGCAGAGGCAUUUACACUAAUUACUCAACUGCUGGUGUCUUAUUGAGGGUAAGGCCUUUGUUUGUACUGACAUCAGCUUUACAGAUGCCACGACUGCUGUUGCAGUUGUGACAUCUACCACAAGUAAUCAGUUAUGGUUUUGUUAUUGAUACCAUUUGAAGUGUGGCGUUUAUUUAUUCAAGAGGACAACACACCUGGCGUCUAUUUGAACGGAGGCCGCCAGUAUUUGAGGAAAUGCAAACUGACGAUUGUAAGUCCUUUUUUUUUUUUUUUUGCAAUGACAGCACUCACAAGCUAAAUUCCACACGAAGGCCGCCUGCACUCCACAUCAGUUGCCAUGGCUGUCACACACACACACACACACACAUUGCAAAUCCCCUCAUUGUUAACAAUCAAAUAGAAAAGGCUUUAAGCCCCCCGUCCCUCUUCGGAAACAGCAGGUAGCCAGGAUGGCUCAGGUUUUCACGCUCGUCAACCCCUGCUGAAUAACCCCCCCCCUCCACCAUGCCUGACUAGUGUCACUCCUGCUGUUUUCCACCUCUGCAGCAGCGACUUCAAAGUCAGUUUGCAAUGUCAGCGCCGUUUGGCAGUGCUGUGAUGCGAUGCUGCAAUAAUAAUAAUAAUCCAGCGCCCGGGCUAAGAGCGUGGCUUGCUCUAAAGGUGGAAAAACUCGGGAGUUUCACCCAAAUUUGAUCACGUUAUUCUUCUGGCGCCUGACUCGCUUACACUGCAUAACCAGAGUGUGCAAUACGUAAUGAAGUGUCCGGUAAAUAGACUGGGCAUUAAGUGAACUCCAGCUCUGCCUCGAUUCAUAAAGCAGGAGCUGUUUUGUGAGCCUUUUAUACUAUUUUCACCAGGGGUUCUGUGUGGAUGCCCAUUUAUUCAAACCUCAAUCCUUUAUAGUCUUUGCAGCAGUUACAACACAGUAAUUCUCUUUUAUAAACUGUAGCCACGUUUUAACAACCAGAAACACACUUUUCAAACUUCUUUUCAUUUCGCUUCUGUUACUCCUAACACACAUGUAAAAUACAGCAUCACCUCUAACUGUGCGUCAGUCUUUUUAAUUACGUAGCGGUACUGGUGGAAAUCAUUUUAAGGCUGCCCGCUGCUGUGCCUUGUAACCAGGAGCCAGGUUGUGGAAUGUGGAGACCUGUGGUCCGCUGACAAAAGACAGUGGGGAUGCUAUUAUGAGUGCCACUAUCAAUAUAUACUUAGGUCUAGUCUGGAGAGUUCCGAACUUUCUCUAAUCCCGAGAACAUGUCACAUGCUGCACACCAUAGUUCCAUGCAGAGGUACUCUUGUCAACAAGAAUGUAUUUAUGAACAUAUAUACCAAUAAAAAUGUCUAUUGUUCUAGA